AUGACAACUAUACCAAGUUUAAAGCAGCUUAUUGCCAGCAACGGCAUUUCCCAAAGAAAGGUGAAGGAGUUUGGUUUAGUUCAAUCAGACAUCGAUCGGUUUACAGAUGUUGCACAGAUGCCCAAUGCUGCUACUUAUACAACGAUUCCCAAUUUGGUUGCAAAAGAUGGCACCAUCUACACUUUCAGCAAUGGCGGAUCUACUACAUCUAAUCAUAUACAUUCAGACUUGUUAACAUCUCAUCCCGGGUCUGAAGCUUCGCAGUUUUCAGAGAUUGCUGAUUCGACAUUACAAACAUCGCAAGAGUUGAUAUUAUCUGAUAAUAAUAUUUAA